CCUAUAUAUAUUGAUUUAGCACAAAAACGAAUGCGAUUUAAUACUUGGGCUUAAAGAUGAAAUACAUUUACAUCGACAUAGCUAUUUCAAUUGUAUUUUUUUACAAUAUUCAAGCUGAAAGAUGUGAAAUCUGGUGGUUGAAACGAGAAUGUUACAGCAAACCAUGUUCUUGUUGUUCCAGUGAAAAAAGUUAUUUUAGUAUAGUCUGCUCUGAAUGUUGUAAAAAGAAUGGCAAUAGGUUUUGUGUUGUUGCUGAACAUUAUCACAGAUGUGAACCAGCAUCCACGAUUUCAGAUAGACCAUAUACAGAACAAACACCAUUAAACAAAACGGACCAGUAUUCAUCGAACAGCAGCAGUAAACGUUCAUUAGGUGUUACUCCUUACAUUAUGGUUACGAUUUAUACAAUAUCUGUCAUUGUGCCAAGUAUAGUGUUAGUGGUUUGUAGUGGGCGAUGGAUAAGAAAACAAUUAAGAAAAAAAAGAAUAAGGGAGCAGCUAAGACAUGAAAGAAGGAAUGUCACAUACACCUCUGCAAAUAUACAGUCAAGCAGGAAUGAUAGACGGGUACACUUUAAUCCGAUAAUUGCUAUAGGAGACGAGGAGACAACAAUACCUGCUGACAUACCACCUGUUUAUUCAGUUUGCAGUUAUAAUUGUGCCCAAAAUGUGACCAAUGGUGAUCUACAGAAUGACCCACCACCUGUUUAUUCAAUUUGCAGUUGUAAUUGUGCCCAAAAUGUGACCAAUGGUGAUCUACAGAAUGACCCACCACCUGUUUAUACACAUGGCAGUUAUAAUUGCGCCCAAAAUGUGACCAAUGAUGGUCUACAGAAUGACCCACCACCUGUUUAUACACAUGGCAGUUAUAAUUGCGCCCAAAAUGUGACCAAUGGAGAUGAACAGAAUGACCCACCACCUGUUUAUUCCAUUGACCGUAAUAGGUGCGCCCAAAAUGUGACCAAUGGUGAUCUACAGAAUGACCCACCACCUGUUAAUACACAUGGCAGUUAUAAUUGCGCCCAAAAUGUGACCAAUGGAGAUGAACAGAAUGACCCACCACCUUUUUAUUCCAUUGGCCGUUAUAGUUGCACCAUAAAUGUGACCAACAUGUGACCAAUGAUAAUAUACAAAAUUAUGCACAACCACUGUUUUUCAGAGUUUUUUUUCAAAUCAAUUAAGUCAGGAAAAUUAUGGUAAAGCUAUGGCAAUGAACAGCAAUGUUCUCAUAAACACAGUAAGGAAGUUCAAAGCAUAUUUUUUAUAAAAUCAGUUCUCUAUAAGCAUG